CUAUCUACGAACUCCUUUUUAAGGAGGGAGUAAUGGUAGCCAAGAAAGAUGUCCACAUGCCAAAGCAUCCUGAGCUGGCAGACAAGAAUGUGUCCAAUCUCCAUGUAAUGAAGGCUAUGCAGUCUCUAAUGUCUCGUGGCUAUGUUAAGGAGCAGUUUGCAUGGAGGAAUUUCAACUGGUAUCUCACUAAUGAGGGCAUUCAGUAUCUCUGGGAUUACCUUGACCUGCCCCCUGAGAUUGUGCCUGCCACACUCCAAAGAAGUUGUACUGAGAUGGGAAGGCCAAGUCCUAAAGGCCUGGAGGGUGAGCAACCUGCCCAGCUUACUCAUGGUGAAGCUGAGAGAGACACAUAUAGACAAAGUGCUGCUCUCCCUGGUGCUGACAAGAAGGGUGAGGCUGGUGCUAGGUGA